AUGAUCUUCGUUUCGGACUGGUCUUCAACGGCAUUCAUCGCCUCUGCGGCUAUGGACGGUUCGUCCUUUACGAAAAUCAUUGUCGAUCGGGUUACUUGGCCGAAUGCCCUAGCUGUGGACAUUUACGCGGAUAAGAUCUACUGGGCUGACGCCUACAAUGAUGUCAUCGAGUUAGAGACAGAACUGGUUUAUUGCUUUAUGUUUAAUAUAUUUGACGGAUACAGGGUGUCUGGACUGGACGGAUCGGGUCGCCAUACUAUCAUUUCUGAUUCCGGUACCGUACCACACGUUUUCGCCUUAACAGUUGCCGAUGACUCAUUGUAUUGGAGCGAUUGGACAUAUAGGGGAUUGUUGAAAGCCGACAAACUUACUGGAGACAACGUAACUGUAGUUGCACAGACCGCGCUGCUACCGUACGGAUUAAAGGUGUUUCAUCUUUCAUUGCAACCACAAUUCCCCUCGUUGUGCAGUACGCUCGGAUGUGAACAACUAUGUCUGCUCGGGCCCGAACGGACAGCUAAGUGUGGAUGUGGGGAAGGAUACGAACUUCACGCCAACGGUAGAAACUGCACCAGCAACUGUGAUUCCAAACAUAUUGAAUGUGGAGGAUCGGAAGCCAAGUAUGUUGGUAAUGAGCAAAAAUGUUUCUGGUGA